AUGAAACAAUUUCACGCCGUUUGGAACGGUCGAGAAAAUGGGAUUUUCGAUUGGCCGACUGCCGACGAGAAAACCUCACACUUCCCACACAAAGGACAUGCCGGAUAUAAUACGGCAGAGAAGGCUUUGAACGCUAUCAAGAAUUUUGAAGGUGAUUUUGAGUUUUGGGAGGCAAAAUUGAACUCUUCAUACAAUUUAGAGCAUUUUGAGCCCAAAAAUCGGGAUUUUUCCAGCUGAAUUGGCCAAGAAGGAAAUCCACGAAUAUUUUCUGAUUUCUGAAGAUUCGAAAGAAAAUGCGAAGAAAAAAUAUGCGAGCUUUGAUGAGAUGAUUCGAAAUUUGGAAGAGGAACUUUUCGACUUUUCGAAACUUCGAUAUGUUCGAGUUGAGAGAAGAGUCAAAAAGGACGAAGAUUUUGAACAUUGUUGA